AUACAGGAAAAGAGAGGGAGGAGACUACCUACCUCUGUCUUGACUCGAACCCGGCAUCACGAAGGCUUCAGUGCGUCUGUUCACGCCGGCGAAUCACUCCAUCUAUCUUCAGAUAUCAUCAGUCAGCUCGGGGCGCCAUGAAGAUUUGGACAUCUGAACACAUAUUCAAUCACCCAUGGGAGACGGUGACCAAGGCUGCUAUGCAGAAGUACCCCAACCCCAUGAAUCCCAGCGUUGUCGGUGUUGACGUUUUGGACCGCAGCAUCGACCAGCACGGACGCCUCCACAGCAAAAGGCUGCUCAGCACAGAGUGGGGUCUUCCGUCUAUCGUUAAAUCUCUCAUUGGCAACACGCGGACAUGCACGUACAUUGAGGAGCACUCGGUUGUUGAUCCUCGACAAAAGAGUUUGGAGCUUCAGUCCACAAAUAUCACUUUUACCAACAUGGUGUCAGUAGACGAGAAGUUAACUUAUAAACCUCACCCAGAGGAUGCUGACAAAACAAUACUGACACAAGAAGCCAUCAUCUCUGUGAAAGGAGUAAGUCUCAGCAGCUACCUGGAGGGAGUUUUAGCCAGCACCAUCUCCACCAAUGCAGGAAAGGGCCGUGAAGCCAUGGAGUGGGUGAUCAGGCGACUCAACACUGAAAUUGAGGAACUGGCAGCGACAGCGCGUGGGACAAUGCGCAGCACCCCCAUGGCUGCCGCCACCAUCUCUGACCAAUGACACCUCCGCUCCCUCCUACUGAUCCACCAAAGGCGCUGAUGUGGUGCUACUUCAAAGUUCCAUUAUGGCAGCAGUCAGUGGUGGGUUCCAAAAGGGGGUGGGACACACACUCAGGGGACAUCAUGCUGGGAACAUGUAGCAUGUGCUAUCUGUGGAUGCACUAAAUACAGUGCCAAAGUCUCACCACAACCAGCAAAAAAGUACUGUUGUCAGGAAUUCAUUGGACAGUGAUGGACCACCCAGAGAUGCAUUGUCUUAGUCACAGUCAUACAUCCAUAUAUGGACAUAAUUCCAUGUAUGGAGAUUAGCAAUAGACACAGGAGUGGUUUCAUAUGGGAAUGGUUCUGUAUGUCAGAGGACAAAACGAUUAAUAGCACAAUGUAUUUUACUAUUAGGGUUAUUUUAAUUUUUUUUUGGUGUUGGAAUCUCUUCUUCAACACGUUUCUGAGACCUCAUUAUGAACAUUCUGUACUGGGUAUCAGUAAAUAAGCUUGAAAUGUAAUUAUUGUAGUUAUUUAAUAAAUAGGGCUUUAUUUUAACUUGUAAGAAGGGAUCAUUAUGUUGCUGACGCUGAAGUGUAUGAAGUGUCAAAUUGAUACCUAGAGAGUAGAAUGGUUACAUGGCUACGUAUUGUACUUCAACAAGUCUUGCUGCUCCUCUGCUGCUGUAUUCUUCUCUGUGCACUUCCAAACAAAUGCAGUUGUGCACAUUCAGAGGGAGCUGUCAGAGAGUGAAUGUUUGAAGUACUUGAAGGUUUUCGUACUGUGAUAGAUUUUUUUUUUCUUGGUGUAUUUUUUUUUUGAAUGUCAACAUGGAUAUUUAUUCAAAAUACAUAUUGGAAAUUGUAACUUGUGCCUCUGUAAAAGGAAGUGGUCAAACUAACUCCAGAAUGUGGUAAUAUAAUAAAACUUUUUGAUGACUUCU